AAGUCAGUCGGACUUGUUUCCUCUCAAGUUGUGGUGGAGUACGUACGUACGUAGCGGCAGAGGAGAAAUGCUGGAUUUUAUCCGACCGUGCUGUUAACUUGCUAAUUGGACUCUGCUGGAGAGAAGAGUUUAUCCACCCCGAUUACCAUUUGUCCUCAGCACAAGGUCAAGACAGGCCGCCUUGGUUGGAGACAAAGUCAACUCGGAUAUAAUCAUCGCAGAGAAAGUCCAACCGUAGUUGUGCCUCACAUUUAGGACGGUCGCCAUCAUCACAUCCGGUCAGCAAAGAGUAGCAGCUGCCACUUGCUCCUCUCGAGGUCGUUCGAUUCAUUGAAGAGUAAUCAAAAAUCAAGGCCUCACGUGGGAAAAAGAUGCCACUGGAAACAUUUGAAAUUCAUCUGGACAAUCCGCACCGGUCAUAUUUUGCGGGGCAGAAUGUGUCCGGCCAAGUGGUCAUUGGACUCACAGAGAGAUCCAAACUCAUUCACGGAAUAAAGCUGAAACUGCAAGGAAAAGCAAAGACGCAUUGGAAGGAGACGAGUGGGAGAUCCACCACUCACUUUGCGGAGGAAGAAGUUUACAUUGACGAGAAAGUUUACCUGGUCGGAUAUGAGACGGACAGCUCGGAGAUGACUUUGGAGACGGGGAAUUACAAGUAUCAGUUCAACUUUCUCCUCCCGGAUUCUCUCCCCUCUAGCUAUUGCCACAAGUACGGCGAGGUCAAAUAUUUUGUGGAAGCCACAAUCUCUCGGAAUCGGAAGCCCAACUAUGUCUCCAAAGUUGCUUUCACGGUCAAUGGCAUACUCGACCUCAACAAGGAAUCCGAAGCGGCUCGAGAGGGAGAAAUGUCGAAUGAGAAGGUCGUGUGUUGUUUCUGCUGUGCGAGUGGUCCGCUCGGAUUUCACUUCAAACUGCCGAAAAAAGGAUUCGUCCCCGGUGAGAGAAUAGGGUUUCAGAUCCAUAUGUUUAACCAUUCCAGUCGGCACAUAACCUGCACUGCGGUGGCCCUUAUACAGGAGCUAAAGUUCACGGCAGAUUUGGAACGUACAAAGACCAAGUCAGUACAAAUGGCGCAAGUGGAAGGACCCAAGUUGUCCUCUGGCGACAGCACAGAUUGGAUUGUAACCUCUGACGUGUCCAUGUUGAAAGUACCGUCCGUUCCACCAUCCCGUCUCGAUGGCUGUAAAAUCAUUGACAUUGGAUAUCACAUCAAGUUUAAGAUGGAAGCCAAGGACUCUGCGACGUUGAAAGAGUGCUUGCCCAUCGUUAUCGGGACAAUACCGCUGAGGGAUGACUUUAAUCAAAUUGAUGGAGUGCAAAGAAUUCCGAUCAUCAGUCAGCCAACUUCUACGCCAGCAUCGGACGCAUUCUUCCUCGCCUCUUACGCCGACCUUCCUCCCCCAACGUAUGAGGAGGCAAUAAACGGCACGAAAGCUGAAGAUGCAGAAAGCAGUUGCUCGGAUCCGCCAGAUUAUGGCUCCGUUGAUUGGAAGUCUUUUAUUCCUCGCUACGUCAGCUACAGAUUUUCUGCUAAAUAGCUUUCUAAUCUGGCCAUUGUUGUUAUCUAAAUAGUUGUUGCGAGUUUUUUGUAUGCCAUGUUCAACUAAUUAUUAUUAAACUAAUUAAUUAUACUGUUGAGAACCAUAUACAUUAAUUGUUGAAUUAUUGAUUGUAGUAAAGUAGAACAUUUGAAGGAAGCUAA